AUGUAUCCAUCAAUAGGAAGACACAAUACCGACCUUAGCACAAGUAGCUCUGGCUCUCGUUAUAGCCAGGAAUCUCAAGACUCCCGGAGUACUGCACCUACAUCUAUCCACAGUAAUCCCGGGGCCGUUUCCUCCAAGAAUGGCUACGAGAUGUCACCCGCAACAACCUACUGUGCUCGGUCGUCGACAGAAACCUACGCUUCAACUAUAGCAUCCCAAGAGGAGAUCUCGGAGGAACCAGAUACAUACGACCCCGAAUAUGAAGUCCCCGAGUAUCGAGAGGUCGUUGAGACCAACUUGAACCCUACAAAUCCAUCAAACUUUGCAGACUAUUUCCCCUCGGCAAAACGGCUAUACGUCAGACACGAUGAUACUGCCUACGACGGAAAUAUGAAUUUGCGAGUAGAUACCGAGGCACUUGGUCGAGAGAAAGGAAAUGUACAACUAUUCCACUUGCGCAUGCAUGACCUGAAGAAACGCGAAUUCUCCCUCCGUCGCUACGAGCGUAGCUCAGGUCGAGAAGUCUGCCACUCAAGUCGCAAAUACACCAAGUCCGCCGCAGACCAAAGACCCGCAUUUACCCGUUCUAUGAGCAAUGCCUUUGCAAACAUCAGAAGACCCGACUUCAAGCAUACGAAGUCAGGGCUAUCAACACACGGAACCAAGAGUAGAAAUGAUGUGAAGAGACAAGACAGCGGCUAUGUCUCCAACGAAGAAGAAGAUGAGGACGAAGUCGAGGAGUUCAUUGCCGAGCAGAAGUCAAACGGUCUUCCCAUUCCCACCAAUACCACCAAGCUCGAAUUCUCGAAUUACUCGCAAGUUCUGGUUAAGCGUAGAGGCAAGAAGUCGUCGAGUAAACGAUACGAAUUCGAAUACUGGGGCCACACAUACACCUGGAAGCGUGUAGUGGAGAAAGAUGGUGCCGGAAAGGCCGUCUCGUAUCACCUAUUCAAGGGCGAAAGUACCCACGCAGUAGCACAUAUCGUUCCUGAGAUGCGCUCGCUGUCUCAGAUCCGCGCUGAGGAUGCGGCGGGAGGAUGGGUGCCUCCAUGCUCGAUGUGGAUCAGCGACCACAGCGUGCUGGAGGCACUGACUGACGUUGCAGAGGUCGUCGUGGCUACAGGUCUUAUCGCCUUAGUAGAUGAUUGUAUCAAACAUCACUUUCACUCCAAGAAACACUCGCAUCAAGUCAGCGUACCCCUCACGCCGCUAAAAUACGAGGUGAAGUUUGUGAGUCCGAAAGCGAUGGUUCAGCACAUUUUCAAGCGCAAGAACUCAUCGACAUCGGAAGGAAAAAAGAGUCCGCUCAGCCAGACUAGUUUCGGCGCUGCUUGUUAG